AUGUCGUUUGAAUCUCCAAAAAAGUUGGGAAAAUCCACUGAUUUUCAGGACUCUGAAGAAGACUCUUCGUCCAUCACUGGUAAGACCCCAAUAAAAGACAAAUUCAGAUCAAUGAUAUUGAAGGCAUCUCACAGAACCAGCACAGCUUCUUUCGGCUCUUUCAAUUCAAAGACUAAAAGUUUUGAAGUCCUUGCAGGAAGAGAUAAUCCUCAAACUUCACAUUUAACCGUCCAAACAAAUAAUCUUGACAAUAGUCCUGACAGUGAGAAAAAAAGAGAAUCGAGUUCCACUUUCUCUGAAACCAGCACAGAAUUCAAUAGUACCUCCCCACUACCGCCGAAUUCAGUAAUGGAGGCAGAUGACGACUAUGAAUAUUACCGUUACUAUUAUAAUUACCAUCAACUGCAGCAUCCAGGGGCGUCUUCUCAUUUAAUAGAAAACUUUGACACCAGUGGAUCUUCAAAUGAAGAACAUAUCAGUGGAACAUUUGCUACUACCCCAACUACAAAAAUUGGUAGUCCGCAAUUCAGCAGAAGAAAUAUUAAAGAUGAAGUAAUGUCAAAAGGAACCCCUAGAUCAAGUAUAGGAUUAAGUCCUGCUUUAGGAGUGGAAUCGAAAUUGGAUAUUAUUAGUAUUUCAACAGAGGGAUCUGAUAAUCAGAAAAAAACCAACAAACAUAUUCUCAGUGACGAUGAAGAAAUAGAGAGGCAAAAAAAUGAAGACGAAAGAGGCGAUGAUAUUUUCCCAUUAUCUUCAGAUAUCCGUAAUUUGCCACAAUCAUCGACUUCAAAUAGAAGAAUAUCACAUCCUCCAUCUGCCAUCAGUGUCAAUACCUUUACCACUAAUGAAAGUUUCCAUUCUGCAUUGACCGACUUAAACAGCGAGCAAAAAGAAGGUGUUAACAGCCGACAGCUAUCAAUGUCGAGCACAGAAAUUGGAGCAGAAGAAUCACAAUCAGCGCUACUGUCAAAUUCCUUGACAGCCCCAGUAAUAGCCAACGAGAGGCCACGGUUUUCGGUGAAUAGCGGCAACACUUUGAACAAUAUGUAUUCAUUAUAUCUCAAUGAACCUGAGAGUGUGAGGAAUUCAGGCGCCCCAGCACCAACUCCAAACCCAGACGACAGUAGAAGAGGCUCAAGUAUUUAUGAGGGCAGUGAUCAUAGGGAAAGUACCAUUGGCUCAUCUUCAAACAGAAAUACCGCGACUCCUAGUUUAUUGGACGCCAUGACUUCGGAAAUCAACAAUAAUCCUCUACCAAAACUUGACAACUUUGGAUCAACAUCUACUCUUCUGGUCAGAGAUAAACUGACAAGUUUGCCACAUAGAAGAACUGUUUCACAUUCUACAGUGUCGAUAAAUUCAGAUGAUGCAAAGGCUGCUGCUGCAUAUGCAUCUGGUGCAAGACCUCGUCAUUCAAGUAGUUCUACACAUUCCAGAUCCAGAAGCAUUUCAAGCGCAUUUUCUUCGUCUGAAGACAUCAGUAGAAAAAGAGAAUCGAGGGCUUCUGAAAAUGCUAUUGGAAAUAUUUCUGAUCACAAUGGUUCUCAAGGUUUCUAUUUCGAAAGUGAAGAACCAGUUAUCGGUAACAUUGGUACUAGUUUCACUUCUCAAACAUCGUCACAACCAAAAAGGUUUUCUAAUAUGUACAGUAAAGCUCAAACAAAAUUCCCAUUAUUAUCAUCACCAUUGAGUAUGGGAAUAAGCACACCAACCAGCAAGAAGAGAGAUACCGCAACAACCACAAAUACUUACAGUUCCUACUAUGGCAGCAACUACAGAUCAUCAUACCAAACUAAUAUCACUUCACCAACAGAUACAUUUAUGACUGGCAAGAAUCAACUGCAACAGCACACCAGAAUUCAAAGUAUUGAUGACCCACAUAGGUUUGAUUCUUAUGAUAAAAGAUUACAAGAGUUAGAAAGCGAUCUUAACGUUAGAGAAGUUGACGAGGAUCUUGAGGAUGAGGAAGAUGAAAAUGAAAAUGCUAGGAAAAUUAUAUCAAGUGGUAGCGGCAAUAAUCUUGAUAACGUCAAUGAUGACUCGAUCUUUGUCCCUCCUUAUUUGAAUAAUACUGCCCAUACACAAUCAAGUAGCUUCUCUUCCCUUAGAAAAGGUCAGGAGAGUUUUAAGUCAUCUAAAUCAAAUAAUCUCACUUCUGCUGCCUUGGCCGCUGCUACCUCUGCUGCUGCAACUGAUGCUGCUAUUAUGGCCAACCAAUCUGCUAUUAGCACAAAUAUACCAAAUCUCCUAACAGAUGACAAGAAAAUAUUUGUUAAGCCAGUAUCUUAUCAGCAAUACCAAAACUACCGGAAAGAACCAACUAUCAGAUCAACUUCAAACAGCGGAUAUCCUAAACCAAGCAGCGGGAUUCAUCAUGAUAGUUAUGGCACCCCUGAUACACAUAAUAAAUACCAAUCUGGUCCAAUUGUUCCUCCAACCACUCCAUUCUCUCCUCUCUCCAUCCAAAAUAAUAAAUAUAUCAAAUCCAUCAAUGAUGAAUCAAUUGACCAAAUUAAGUCAUUCCGUGAUUCUACAUACUCCAUGAACCGUGGCAGCAAAUUCAAAUCCAAUUCCAAAAGCAAUUUGAGAUCAUUCAAUUUGAAACCGUCACUUGGAGCUACUAACGAAAAUGCAACAAUGGUGUCCGAAGGGUUGAGCUUUGACUAUGGUAGCGAGAAAUAUGGCUCACCUGGUCACAGUUCUGGAUUAACUGUUUGCUCCCCAAAUACCGCCAUCUUGUUAUUAUUCAUAGCCAUUUUUGUACCACCACUAUAUCUAGUGAUGUGCUUUGGUUUCUUGGAUCCAUCCGUUGGGUACAUUCAAAGAAAAUAUAAAUUAAUUGCUGCCGGUAUGUCGAUGUUCAUCACUAUUUUGAGUAUUGUCGGUAUCUGUGUUGGUCUUGGUGUGGGUCUUGCUUGA